AAAAGACAAACACACAAAGUCCCCCGCACGAACGCAAAAACCCUUUUUAAGGAAAGAAAAACUGGAAAACCCUUUUCUAAACCCAUAUUUUCCACCCUAAGAAAGGCGCUUCGGUCACUUUGUGUUUCUCCAAUGGAAUCUCUUUCAAGUUCAGGGUUCCUCUCUACUCUCCCUGAGACAUACCCGUUUCUCAACACCCAAUUGCCAGCUGCUUCUUCUUCUUCAUGUUGUUUGAUCAAAGCAGCAAAUAGACGAAUUGGGUCUCUUAAAUUCAAGUCUGAAACCUCUCUUUUUGAUGGGUUUCGUCUCCAAGCUGUAUCUCGCGAGGUACCUAAGGAAGGUGAAGACGAGCCGCAGCCUCUUACCCUUAAUAAUGAGUUUCACUUUGUCGCUGAAGAUAGUCUCUCUGUAUCUCAGUGGCUACUUCGGCUCAGUAUUGAUGGUCUCUCUCAUGUUCUGAAGGGUGAGUCAAAUCACAAUAAAAGCAGCGAAAAGGAUGUAGAUAAAUUGAUAAAGGUUGAAACCCCUUUUACAGUCCCACAUGGAAGUGGAGCAAGUGGGGGUACGAGAGCUGGGCUUUUCAGAACCCCAAUAUCUGGUGGAGUGCAGAGUGCAACUUCAGCACAUGGGUUACCUCGACCAGCCUUAGCAGUCCGUAAUUUGAUGGAACAAGCCAGAUUUGCUCAUCUAUGCACUGUAAUGUCUCGGAUGCACCACCGACGAGAAGGGUAUCCCUUUGGCUCUCUGGUAGAUUUCGCACCUGAUUCAAUGGGUCACCCAAUAUUUUCAUUUUCACCAUUGGCCAUCCACACACGGAAUUUAUUAGCAGACCCCAGAUGCACCCUGGUCGUGCAGAUACCUGGAUGGAGUGGCUUAUCGAAUGCAAGGGUAACAAUUUUUGGUGAUGUCUACCCACUUCCUGAUCAUCAACAGGAAUGGGCUCAUAAACAGUACAUAGCAAAACAUCAACAAGGACCAUCUCAACAGUGGGGAAAUUUCUACUACUUCAGGAUGCAGAACAUAAGUGACAUAUAUUUCAUAGGAGGAUUUGGCACUGUUGCAUGGGUUGAUGUCAAGGAAUAUGAGGUGCUUAAACCUGAUAAGAUUGCAGUUGAUGGAGGUGAACAGAAUCUGAAGGAACUUAAUUCAACCUUUUCAAAGCCACUCAAAGAGCUACUAUCAACAGAAACUGAGGUUGAUGAUGCGGCUCUUAUAUCAAUAGACAGCAAGGGAAUUGACAUCAGGGUCCGACAAGGUGCACAGUUCAACAUACAGAGGUUGUCAUUUGAGGAAGGGCAGGCUGUUGAAACAUUGGAGGAAGCCAAAGCUGCUCUUUGGAAAGUAAUAAAGAAAGGGCAAGUGCAGAAUCUGAAGAGAUAGAAGUUGCAAAUUUUAAUAUUUAUAUGAGGCAUAAGGCGAGACGAUGCAAAUCUGAGCCAUCACUGAAUCUAAUGUAAUACUAUAGAGAAGGUUAUUUACACAUAAAAGUGAGUGCUUGUAAUUUUCCUUUUUGCAUGCAAUGUGUAACAUAGACUACCUGGCUGUGGAACUUUUUUAUGUGGGUUUUUCUAGAAAACGUUUAGGCAAGUUAUGGCCAAUGCUUGUCAUUUUA